UCCCCGGCAGUGAAAAGCGAGGACGAGGACGGCGCCCACUCCCACGGCAAAGGUGGCGAGGACGGCAAGGACCACAAGCGCUCCAAGCGGCCGCGCACCAUCCUGACCACCCAGCAGCGCCGCGCCUUCAAGGCCUCCUUCGAGGUGUCCUCCAAGCCCUGCAGGAAGGUGAGGGAGACGCUGGCGGCAGAGACGGGACUGACCGUGCGGGUGGUCCAGGUGUGGUUCCAGAACCAACGGGCCAAGGUGAAAGAGAUCGCCCGAAAGGCAUCUGCGCAGCAGCAGCAGCAGCAGGAGCAGGAGCAGCUCGGGAAUGCCCGGCUGGGAGGCGGGAGAGGGACCGGGAGGAGCAGCCGGCAGAGCAACGACGACAGUGAAGACGCCGCGAGCGUGCCCGGCCUCGAGGGGCUCCUGGCGCCGUAUUCCCGCCUCCCGCCGCAGCCGCUCUUGCCCCUGGAGCACACGGGCUGAGGCCCGGAGCUCUUCCGGCCGGGAAUGACCCCCCCCCAGCUCCCCCCGGAACACCUGCACCCCUACGACUCGGAGGGAGUUUUCCAUGACCUGGACAGCGACAGCCUGGGCCCCCUGGGCGACUGCCUCCUGUCCGGGGCCGAUCCCAGCCUGCUCCAGGCCCGGCUGGGGAAUCCCAUCGACCGCCUGUAUUCCAUGCAGAGCUCCUACUUCACCUCCUGACCCCGGGAAAGCCCUUCCCAGGAACCUCGGGAAUGCUGCUCCCGCCUCCGGGCCGGGCGAGGGGCCGGGGCGGG